CUUUUACUUUCUAUUCUUCCUUGGCGACCUUCAAAAGCUAACAACUAAACUGGCGGUUAAGCCAAAAAAACGAGAAAAACAUACGAGCUCUGUUUCUGCUUCUGUUCCUCUUCUACGCCUUAAAUACUCUAUCAACGCAACAUGAUCUUUCAGUCUCUGCCCACGAAAUCGACGACAAACCAGCUUCAGCUUCUAUCCUAAACCCAUUGAAGCUUAUUAUGGAAAUGAAAAUCCUGCAGCUUGGACCUGAAGAAAUGACGGUCCCCGGUGGCUGCACGGUGAUGGUGGGGAUUAAGCUUGACUCACAGAGCAGAGAGCUAUUGACUUGGGCCAUGGUCAAAGUGGCUCAACCUGGGGAUACUGUUAUUGCUCUGCAUGUUCUUGGUAAUGAUGAAAUCGUAGAUCGAGAAGGGAAGUCUUCGCUUCUUGCGUUUGUCAAAGCUUUUGACUCUGUUCUUGCCGUCUAUGAAGGUUUCUGCAACCUGAAACAGGUGGAUCUCAAGCUCAAGAUAUGCAGAGGCUCGUCAACACGAAAAAUUUUAGUUAGGGAAGCAAAAUCCUACUCAGCAGCAAAGAUUAUAGUCGGAGCUACCGGGAGCCGCAGUACAAUCCGGUCACCGCCAUCUGUUGCUAAGUAUUGCGCCAAGAAGCUACCCAGGGAUUGCUCUGUUCUUGCCGUCAAUAACGGGAAAGUUUUGUUUCAGAGAGAAGGCUCUCUGGUUAGAGAUUCACAUGGAGCUAAAGAUGAUCGCCGGAAUGGUCUGCUUAAUGCAAUCCACAGGUCAUUUUCAUUAAGUAAGAAUUCCAGAGUAUUGAAUGAAAGUGGUCCUGAUGAGGCUUUAAUGUAUGGCGAGGAUAAAGAUGAUGACCAGAUUUUAGAGCAGGCCUUAGUUAAGGCCCGGCCGAAUAGUUUAGGGAGGAUCAUGAAAGAGAGUUGCUCAGUUUGUGGAGCAGUUGCUAAAUCUCAUGAUAAUGCAUGUAGACAAUCUGCUGAAGAGUCUUAUGGUGAUAAUGGUGGUGAUGUUAAAUCUUUAGCUCUGGUGCCAGUUCCAAAGGUAGAGGCACCUUCCUGUUCAUUUUCUUCUUUAAUCAGACAGGUGCCUGAAAUGAAGCCUGGUUGGCCGCUACUUCGCCGUGCAUUCUUACCGGAUCGACGAACAUCAGAUAGAUCAUCGGGGAGGCAGAUCUCGGUGGUUCAAUGGGCAAUGAGGUUGCCCAGCAGGCAACUUUCGUCAUAUAUAUCCAAAUCGGAUCACAAACAGAAUGAUCGUGAUCAGGGUGAAAAUCAAUCAAGUUUAAAUGGAGAAAGUGGUGCCAUUGUUCCAGUUGGUACAGAGAAUUUGACAAUUCCACUAUCUCCUGACAAUUCAAAAACUCUACCAAAAGAAUUGGAGGGUCUUCAUGAGAAGUACUUAGCAACUUGCAGAUUGUUUAAUUACCAAGAACUUGUCUCAGCCACAUCUAAUUUCUCAGCUGAAAAUUUGGUUGGGAAAGGAGGCAGCAGUUGGGUUUAUAAAGGUUGCCUUCCUGAUGGCAAGGAACUUGCUGUGAAAAUCUUAAAGCCGUCCGAAGAUGUGAUAAAGGAAUUUGUCUUAGAAAUUGAGAUUAUUACUACCUUACAUCACAAAAACAUCAUUUCUCUCUUGGGUUUCUGUUUCGAGAAUAACAAACUUCUCCUGGUUUAUGAUUUCCUAUCAAGAGGAAGCCUUGAAGAGAACCUCCAUGGUAAGAGAAAGGACUCCCUUGCAUUCGGUUGGAGCGAGAGAUACAAAGUCGCUGUAGGCAUAGCUGGGGCUUUGAAUUAUCUUCACAAUGAAACUUCACAACCUGUGAUACACAGAGAUGUUAAAUCAUCAAACAUACUUCUUUCUGAUGAUUUCGAUCCGCAGCUUUCUGAUUUUGGACUUGCUAAAUGGACAUCAACCUCCUCAUCUCAUAUAAUCUGCACUGAUGUUGCUGGAACCUUUGGUUACUUGGCUCCUGAAUACUUCAUGUAUGGCAAAGUAAAUGACAAGAUAGAUGUCUAUGCAUAUGGUGUUGUGCUCCUUGAGCUUCUUUCAGGAAGAAAACCUAUAAGCAAUGAGCAUCCAAAAGGCCAAGAAAGCCUAGUUAUGUGGGCAAAGCCGAUUUUAAACGACGGAAAGAUUUCGAAGUUGCUGGAUCCAAGCUUGGGCAAUGACUAUGAUCAUGAUCAGAUUGAGAGGAUGGUUUUAGCUGCCACUCUCUGCGUAAAACAUUCUCCACAAGCACGGCCUCAAAUGAGCGUCGUUUUGAAGCUUCUUCAAGGGGAUGCUGAAGUGAUGAAAUGGGCAAGGCUACAAGUCAAUACUGCUGAAGGACCUGACACACUGGAUGAUGAAGCAUGUCCGCGAUCAAAUCUACAGUCUCAUCUUAGCCUCGCAUUGCUUGAUGUGGAGGAUGAUUCACUUUCCAUGAGCAGCAUUGAAGAAACCAUCUCAUUGGAGGAUUAUUUGUUAGGCAGGUGCAGCCGGUCGUCGAGCUUCGACUAAACAUCAAUCAUUCUCAGUGAUGCUUUCUUUUGUAUAUUCCUUUUGGUUUUUGGCUUUAUUUGCAUAGGUGUUGGAUGAGAGGUUGUUUAUGGUGAGCCCUCCUCCUUCCCCUGCUAAUCAUAAUCAAAGUUCUCAACUUAUCGGUAACUUUCCCUUUUCAUUUUUGCCCCCAAAAGUGUCGGUGGCUUAAAGAAUCAUGAUCUGCUGUAAAAAACAUUCUCUGAUUGAGUGAUAAGCCAAGUAAUCAUUGCUACAUUUGCUUCAAAAA